GGAGUAGGGCUUUUACUAUGCCCCCUACCCUCCCCCUCGUUGUAAAACAGACCUUACGUGUUUUCCAUCUCCGCCAGUUUUAUUCCACCACCGCAAACCACGACACGUCCCCACACCAGAGAGCUUGUUUGGAUAUGGGACUAUUACAUUUGCCCCUCUGAAUUUAUUAAAAGUCAUAUUGCUGUUUCGAUUCGCGUAUUUGAAACCCGUUUACGCAGAGAGAAUGGGGUGCUGUUCAGGACGAUGUAUGCUGAUCUUCUUCUGCACUCUCCAAUUGAUGACAGCAUUGGAGAGGCAGGCUUUUGACUUCCUUGGGUACCAGUGGGCUCCCAUCAUUGUCAACUUCCUGCACAUAAUUAUGGUUAUCCUCGGCCUCUUUGGCACCAUUCAGUACAGACCACGCUAUGUUGUUCUAUACCUGCUGUGGACAUUACUGUGGGUGGCGUGGAAUAUCUUUGUGAGCUGUCUCUACUUGGACCUGGGAGGCCUUUCCAAGGAGAGCGAACUGCUUUCUCUGGGUGUAUCCUCACACUCUUCAUGGUGGAAAGACAAUGGUCCAGGCUGUGAUGACAGGGACCUUCCUGCCACUAGAUGGCAGAGUCUGGAGAGCCCAGAACUCAUCUCUGCUCUGGGAUGCUGGCUGGAAUAUCAAUACAUAGAGGUCCUGCACUGCAUCGUACAACUCCUAAUCUCUCUCUUGGGAUUCGUCUACGCCUGCUAUGUGGUCAGCACCUUCACAGAGGAGGAGGACAGCUUUAAUUUCAUUGGUGGGGUUCAUUAUCCAUCUAAACCGUCACCGUUGUACUUAUAGUGUUCAGAAUUGGGCUACUAUAAGUAAAGGGUUGCAAGUGGGUUGAAAAUGACUGACAGGCAAGGAGGGCAGAAGAGGUACAAGAGAUUGGAAUACUUACUUUGGAAGAGUGAGAUCACAUCUCCAGUCAGUGAAACAGAAGACAUUCCCACAAUGGUCACAAAACAUAAUUCCUCUGCCUACCAGCACUCUUAAUGAAUACUAAAGUAAACCAGCAGGAGUUCUCUGUUCAGUGCAGUUAUGGUCAAUACUAACUUAAUCCCAGAUCUGCAGAGGUGGAAAGAGUACUGAAAUAUCCUACUCAAGUAGAAGUACUGUUACUUUAAUGACAUUUUAUUCAAGUAGAUGUAAAAUUACUGGUGUAAAAAAACUACUCAAGUAAAAAAGUAGCUAAUUUAAAAAGUACUCAGAGUAAAAAUAAAUGAGUUACUUUUCAAAUAAAAACAUUGACCUUGAUAAUUAGCUAAUUUCGCUAUGGUUAACUGAAAGUUGUUACACGUGAUAUUUUCCAUGCAUUAUAUUUAAAAAGGAAGGGAGGAAAUGAAUGUACAGUAGGAACUAAGUUCAGUGCAACAAGGCACAUCUCCAUGUAAAAAAACGAAGGAUUUGUCAAAAAUAUACUAUUAACAUAAGAAAAUAAAGUAAACUUUCAAAGCAAUUAAAAUGUAUUGAUAAUUUAAAAAAGCAAUACAAAAUAAAGGGCCUAAACAAUAAAGUUGCCAGACUUCAAUAUACUUCAGACAUGUCUAAUUCUUUCACCCAUUCAAUCCCUCAUCACCACUUUGUUACUUGUUACUUGUCCAUGGGACCGGAUGACAUUCCCUCACUCAUUCACUCACACACACACACAAACUCCCUCUUUCACUCACUCACCAGGGGUGGAAAGAGUAAUGAAAUAGUACUGUUACUUAUAUUACAUUUUACUCAAGUAGAAGUAAAAUUACUGACUUUGAAAAAUACUAAAAGAAAGUACAAGUACUUGGAAAAGCUACUCAAUUACAGUAAAGAGAGUAGUUGUAAUUAGUUUUACAUCUCUGCAUAUUUGUUUGUGUUUUUGCCUGCUACAUUGUCAUUGUCAAGUUGUUUGGCAUGACAAUUCCUAGUUGUCAAGAGAGCAGAAACAGACUGGCACCCAAGCUAGGUCAAUCCAGGUACACUCAGAACACUACUGAUACUUCUGACAUAACAUGUAUCAGUGUACAGGAAAUAGUAUUUGUUGUAUUAUGACAUAAUGGCACUCUGUAAAAAUAUGCAUUCAUGACAACAGUUGAAUAUGGACCGAAUCCUAUAAUUGUGAGUCUUACAUUGAUUUUAAUGAGAGAUUUGCACGAAAAUUACAGUUACAUGCAAAUGAUUUAAAUUAUGUAUACAGAUUUCAAGUUAGGAUUUGGACCUAUGUGAAGGUGUCUGUCUGUCUGUCUGUCUCUCUCUCUCUGUGUGUGUGUGUGUGUGUGUGUGUGUGUGUGUGUGUGUGUGUGUGUGUGUGUGUGUGUGUGAGUGUGUGUGUGUGUGUGUGUGUAGUUCAUACAUGAGAAUGGACUGAUUCCAGAUACCAGAGGAAAAUAAAGACAUUUAGUAAAUAAUCUUCAAUAUUGUGAUAUAAAUAAGUUAAUGCCAGUGGUUCAUGUAAAAAAUAAAUCUUAAAGAUAUAGUCAGGGAGCAUCUCCUAGGCCUACCUCUGAAUUUCUUCUGAAUUUAGAUGCCACUGGUGGAAAAAGGCCCUGAAAGUAUCUUUAAGUGGAUUUUGUUGAAAUAAACAGCGCUUUUCUUUUA